AAGGAAACUAGCCGAGGUUUAUGACGAGUCUUUACUAUUCUUUUCUUUUUCUUUGCUUUGAUUCUUGAAGUUAACUGCCCUAUUUUUUCCCAAUUCAAGCUCAAGCCCCCUAACUGUUCUUCAACCGUCGUCUCUCUUUAGCUAGAAAGCUUAUCACCCAUUUCCAACGUCAACAUAUUUGAAGAUUAGGCCUUGAAGAAGAAAAAGAAGAUUAUAUCAUACGGUUAUCUUACCCUUCUGUAUUUUUCUAAGCCAAAGAUUUGUGGGGACCAAAAGAAACAAAUCUUUUGAGUCUUUGGUCCCAAACCAAGAGUAAAGUAUUGAUUUUGAGCUUGCAGGAAGGAAUCGAAGUUAACUGUGACAUGGAUGUUUAAUAGUGCUGGGAGAGAUCUGAGUGGAAUAGGAGUAGAGAGAAAUGGAACCUCCGAAAGGAUUUUUGGCUACUGUCUGGAACUUUAUUUGCUUUCUGCCUUACUUCAUUGGGCUUUUGCUCCUUGGGAGCAUUAAAGGUAUCAUAUUAUGCCCCAUCAUCUGUCUUAUCAUGUCAAUUGGAAACUCGGGUGUCAUACUGGUUUACUGGCUUCCCCAGUGUUACUGGGCCUAUUACUGCAUUUUGUGGGCUAAAAAACUGGGGCCAGUUCUGAAGUUUUUUAUCUGCAUAUCUGUACUACCCACAAGUUUGAUUUUGUGGCCUGUGGUUGGUAUUCUUGGAAGUAUUGUGGGUGGAGCUGCUUAUGGCCUUUUUUCACCAAUACUUGCUACUUUUGAAGCUGUUGGAGAAGGGAGGACAAACCGAUUAUAUCACUGCUUUUACGAUGGAACUGUGAGCACCUUCAAAGGAUGCUUUACUGUUGUCAGGGAUUUUAAGGAUGUUUGUGUCUAUUCAUAUUUCUCAAUUUUGAAAGACUUACGAGAACAAGGACCUCCUAAUGGGAAAUAUUAUGAGAUCAGAUUGCUCUAUCUUCCUGGUGCUCUUAUAGCUGGAGUCCUUGGUUUCAUGGUUGAUAUGCCAGUGAUUUCAAUACUUGCCAUGUUCAAAAGCAUUUACAUGCUCUUUAAGGGAUGGCAUCGUUUGUUUCAUGACCUUAUUGGUCGGGAAGGUCCUUUCUUGGAAACGAUAUGCGUACCAUUUGCUGGUCUUGCUAUCCUACUUUGGCCAUUGGCUGUUGUUGGGGCAGUAAUGGCCUCCAUUUUGUCCAGUAUCUUUAUUGGUGCAUUUGCCGGGGUGGUUGUUUAUCAGGAAUCCUCUCUCUGGUUCGGUCUUUGCUAUAUUGUUGCAUCGCUGGCACUAUACGAUGAAUACAGCAAUGAUAUUCUUGAUAUGCCAGAAGGAUCUUGUUUUCCAAGACCUCGCUACCGAAAGAAGGAUUCUUCAUCACAGACUGCCUCUCGCGCGCCAUCCUUCUCUAGGGGCAGUGGCUCUUUCAAAAAUCCACCCUCUCGAACAACUUCAUUCAAUAAUUCCAUGGUCGAUUUAAAGCCACUUGAGCUUCUUGAGAGCUUAUUUAAUGAGUGUAGACAUCAUGGAGAGAUUUUGUUUUCUGAAGGAGUAAUAACUCUUAAAGACAUUGAAGAAGCUAGGUCUAUUAAGGAUAGCAGAAUUAUCGGCGUUGGCUUACCAGCUUAUUGUCUUCUUCAGACGCUGUUGCGGUCUGCAAAAUCAAAUUCUGAUGGUCUUUUGUUAAGUGACAAUACUGAGAUAACAAGCAGUAACAGACCAAAAGAUGCUGUAUUUGAUUGGUUUUUCAAUCCAUUAUUGAUCAUCAAGGAUCAGAUUAAAGCAGAAAAUCUUACUGAGGCCGAAGAAAACUACUUUUGCAAAUUGGUUUUGUUGAGCGGUGAUCCUUUGAGGUUAAAAGAUUCAAAUAUUGGCCCACCACCAGAAUCAGAGCUCAAGCGAGCUGAAUUGGAUGCAUUAGCUAGAAGGCUUCAAGGAAUCACAAGAUCAAUCUCAAGGUAUCCAACUUUUAAGCGUCGCUUUGAGAAUUUAGUAAAAUCCUUAUCCAAUGAUCUUGACAAGAAUGGAAAGCAGAUAACAAUUCAAAGAUCGAAGAGUGCCUUUGUGAGAAUGUUUAGCCAAAAGUCCUUUAAGAAGACAAGCAACGAUGUGUCUGAUCAAGAGUCGCAAAUAGUUGCCAGAAAUGUGGAAAUUGUAUGACGAGACACAGAGAAAACCAUCAGUUAUUUCAUUUCCAAAUUUUGUAUUCUUAGGUGCUUAGUUGAUUGCUUUUUGAUUGUUUUCAUUAUACUGAUAUGAUUAACUUCUUGUUGGCGAUGCUGGCUAAGAAGAUUGUAUGUGUAUGCAUAUCUUGUACAAAACUGUAAUUUGUAUCACUAUCAUAGAGAAAAGUUCCUUAGCCUUGUAACAUCAACAUGAAUUGUCUUCAAGUUCAAGUACCAUAAUUUGCUCACUCUCA